AUGAAAAAUAUAAUUGCAGCAUUGUUUAGUUUAUCAAUUGCCUCGGUUUCAAAGGGUUAUACAACUUUAACAUCGAUUAAGGAUCCUCCUCAAUGGGUGAGACACUUUAUUGCAAUUGGUGUUAUGCAAUAUUUGGGAUUGGUUGAUCAAUUUAAAUGGGGUCCUUCCUCUGGUUUUGGAAUUUGUAUUGCCUCUGCAGCUGUAAGUGUAUUUGGAUUGUUAAUUUCCAUUAUUAGAUUCGGCCAAAUGGUAAAUAUAAGAGUACAAAUACCAAAGCCUCAGAUCGACAUGGCUACAUCAGUAACACCAACACAAUCACCCGUGCAAACCUGGUCAACUACCAAUCCAUAUCAAACAGCUCCAAUUCAACCAAACCUAAUAGUUCCAGCUGAAAUUGAAAUCGAUCCAAAGUCAUGGUAUAGAAUUGUACCUAUAACAAUUCCUGUUCUGGGUCCGAAUGGAGUACCAUCACACUAUGUCCAACACAAUGCGUUAAAGAAGUAUGAUUCCGCAAAUCCAGACAAACCAGUUGUUCUUCCAAAUGGUCCAAACAUUCCACCAAAAUCAUUGUUUAUUCAAAACAAUCUGGUGAUUGAUCGUAAGCUAUGGUACCAAUUGGCUGUAAAGGAGAUUCCUGUUAUGGGACCAAACGACAUACCAACUCACUAUAGAUCGCAUUAUAUAUUGCAAGUAUCUAAAGAAAAUGGAAAUGAAAAUAAUGAAAAUAAAGUUGACAACACUACCAAAUUAGUACUAAUGAUUAAACCAAAAGCACCAAAUCAUUUAUACUUAUUACUUUUCGAAAAAAUAAAUUUCAACUAUUGGGGUACUUUAAACUUUAAAGUAUUUUCAUAA